UCGCCGCGUUCCUCGGCGAAAUCCUCGCCGCGGUCCUCGGGCGUGAUCGUCGCGGCGAGUCGGACGGAAGCGACGGCCAAAGUUCGAGGGUGGAGGAAUACGAUCGAGAUAUAUCGUCGAAGCGCGCGCGCCGGCGAUAUCGCGGCGCGGCGGCGUGUCGCUGGAAAUUUUAUCAAUACCGCGGCGGCCAUCUAGUCUCGCUGUGGCAGUCGCUCGCGAAAAGUUACGCGCCGAACGCCGACCGGGGGUUGACGCCGAGCCGACCGAUUAACCGACGAGGAUUGCCGGAAUAGAAAGAGCCCGAGGCGAUCGACUACUACGAGCAUGGCUACAGAGGGUGGUUUAGCACCGGAUGCAGCGGCAGGUGCAGGCGCAGGCACCGAUGGCAUCGUCGGCGGCCCCAGGACGCCCCAGCAGAUCGCCUCGCAGAAGCGGCUGCAGGCGACGCAAGCGCAAGUCGACGAGGUCGUCGACAUCAUGAAGACGAACGUCGAGAAGGUCCUCGAGCGCGAUCAAAAGCUCUCCGAGCUUGACGAUCGAGCAGAUGCACUCCAACAAGGAGCGUCACAAUUUGAACAGCAAGCAGGAAAAUUGAAGAGAAAGUUCUGGCUACAGAAUCUAAAGAUGAUGAUCAUCAUGGGUGUCAUCGGACUCAUCGUACUGGCCAUUAUUGUCGCGAGCGUCACCGGCGGCAGCAAUACGCAAAAUUGAGCGUGAGAGUAAGAGCUAAAGUAAAAUAAUGCAACAACAACCACAACAGCAACAAAAAGAAAAGUAAAAGAAGGAGAGGAAAAAAGAAGAAGAAGAAGCAGCGACGAUUGAAGAGUAGUUUACAAAAAGGAGGUAGUUUUUGAGACGAAGAGAUAGAUAGGAUGAAUAAUGAUCUCGUGAGACGGAAAUUGUGAUGAGCCGUUGACGAGCUCUGCCCAAGUUCUUCGCGACGUAACGUCGAAUCGAUUAUGCGCGAAAAUCGAUCGAUUGUCGGCCUUGCAAUUCGGGAAAGGAGGAAGAAUGACGGCGGUCAUCCUGAUCAAAAGCAGAGGACGUUAAUUCAAGCGGAAACGACGAAGAGAGCCGUUGCGAUGAAACUUUUUUGUUAUCUCUUACAAUUUUUUCCGGAUCGAGCAGAAGAGAGAGAGAUAUAUAUCCAUAUUAAACCGAUUCUAUCUUCGUAACUCUCAUUAUAGAAGAUUGCGCACGAUAUAUAAUUUACAUUUGCACAAAAUCCUGUUAGAAUUUUCAUUAUUAUCAUAUUCCAUUAUUUCGCAAGUACUGUAGCAAUUUCGUUAUUAUUGCGAUUGUUUUGUAAAGUGAGGGAAAUAUUUAUCUCUUGAAUUUUGGCAAACUGAUCUGUUCAUCUUUCAAAUCACAAAAAUUUUUCGAGAGAUAUUAUCGCAGCGGGACUAGUUUGCGAUUAAAUGCGCUUGAUUGAUAAGACUAAAUAUUCAUCGCGCUUUCCUUCAUUUUUGUUAAUCAGGACUGUCCGCAAAAAAACGGAAAAAAAUGAAAAAUGCUGAGAGAGAAAAGAAUGGUUGUAUAAAAAGAAGCGCGAAAUGUUUGCGAAAAAGAAAGAAAGAUUCGUUGCAGCGACAUAUAAUAUAUAAAUAUAUAAGUGUAUAUAUAUAUAUAUAUAUAUAUAUAUGUAUAUGUAUAUGUAUACAUAUAUAUGUAUGUAUAGGAAAAAAGAAAAAAAAACAGGGUGUCCGUGAAAAUCACCACGUAAAACCUCUCCGGCGAAGGCAGUUGCUGUAGUGCAUGUUCGCGCACAUACUCGAACGAAAUGUUCACGAUGUAUAUCGAGACAUUUACUUUAUAGACACAUAUAUGUAAAUCAUGUAAACUGUAAAUAAUAUGUCAUUUGUCCCUCAUGCGCCAUUUAUCGAAUUGUGUAUCGGAUUGAUCAACCCGCUCUGAUUAUAUCGAAGAAAGUCACACGCGUCCUUUGUUCCUUUAUCUUACAUCUCGCGUUUUUUCGCGAAUUACACGAAGAACAUAUUGCGAAGCGGAGCGAUGGAAAGGAGGGAUAGGAAAAUCUGCGAUAGUCGCCUGCCUUCGUCGAAGACGGCGAUAAAUGUUUUGGAGCACACAAUCUGUGUACAGAGAAUUUAAAAAAUAAUAAAGAAAAGAGAAAAGAAUACGAGUAAGAGAAAAAGGAAUUAAAAAAACGGAUGAAGAGAGAAUAGAAAAGAGAAAUGUCUUGAUAUAAAGGAGUACAGCAGCUAUAGAUAAUGUUUUAAGGCUUAAAGAAGAAUUAUCUACAAGAUGUUAUGUAUACAUGUUAAUAAUAAUGAUAAUUAUGAUGAUAAUAAUAACGAUAACAUUAAUAAUAAUAAUAAACAUUAACGAUCAUCUUGGUGACAAAGAGGAGGCGAUUUUCAUGCUUCACAGAUAACGUAAAAAAAUGAAUGUUGUUUUUCAAUUCGAAGAUACUGGGAGCUCAGAAAGUUCCAGCCUUGGAUUAUCUUUUUAUUGUUUAUUCGCGAGAUAAGAUACGUUCAUAAUGAUGACACAUCGCACGCGAUACAUCGAUCAUUCGUCGAUGAGUUCGAAAUCGUCGUCAAUUUCUAUCGAUUUUACCCGAUUACCCUUCUUUCUUCCGUUCAAUCUUUCCUAAUUUUUCAGUGCUGCUGCUGCUGCUGCUGAUUCAGCAAUAAUUUCGAGAGACAAAGCGAUCAUCUUUCCGAUCGUAAUCCUUCGCAAAUAUUCCUCCCUCCGAUCCUGUCCCGAUGUGCGAUGUCUGUGAGUUCUUGCAGAUUCCACCGUGACUUUCGAAAAAUUCACCGAAAGAAAGAGAAGGACUUUUCAAUAUGUUGAUCGACAAGAUAUCGAAUCAUUUUUGCUUUUGCGUCGAUGUUCACUUUAAAAAAAGCAAAUCAUAUAAUCUCAAAAAUAUCAACUUUUUACAAUUAUUGAAUUAUAAUUAUUAAUAUCAUUAGCGUUAAUUGACAGAAAAAAGUGUACAUAUAUAAAAUGAGAUUUAUCUCUACUUUUUAUUUCUUUCCAAAUUAUUUUAGCACGGAUCAUUAUUUAGCGUAAAUUAUGAUAUUAUUGAAAAUAAUCGAUGGGAAUAAAAUUGGGGACCACGCGUCGCUAGAGUUGCUUUGUGGAAUACGUAAGAAUCGCAGAAAUUGAAAAGCGAAAAACCGAUCGACGAAUGAGAAAUUCUUCGAUAUUGUCGGGCUAAGUGGCCGCACACAGAUGACCCGAGUUAUAUAAUGUUUAAAAUGAUCAUUCUAUGUUCACAAACUUAUAAACACAUAGCUGUACGUCAUAUCUUAACCGUCGACGUAUCCCUAAUUAAUAAUGGCGAAUAUGCGAUCAUGAUGCUGCGCUUUGAACAUUGUACAGUAUCGAAUAAAAAAUACACUGCGUAGUUGAAUUGAAGUUACCAAGA